AUGGGUAUUAUUUCAUAUAUUGUCGUCUCAACUGUUGGGGGUGUUGCCGCAAUGGUAGGAGCUCCAGCGGCUCUGGCGAUUUUAGGCUUUAGUGCGACUGGAGUCGUCGCAGGUUCUCUCGCAGCAGGUGCUCAAGGCUAUAUCGGUAGCGUUACUGCUGGAACAACUGCUCAAAGAAAAGCCUGGAUUAAUUAUACGCAAUAUCUUUACAGGUUACAUGUUUCAGAAAUUCAAAUUAAUGAUUUUAAUCUCAGGGCCGAAUGUUAUAAAGGAGCUUUUGAAAUUGUUAACUUUGACAGAAAUUGA